AUGCACAUCGACGGUCAGACUUCGUCGCCCGCUCUUGUCUUGCUGAACUUUAUCAGCCGGAACAACAAGCAUAUUCCGUCCUCCAUCAUACUUUUGGAGCACGCCCAUCACAUAGCGCUUGGCCCACCUCUCGCUCUGACACAAAAACCAAUCAUCCUGGCCCGACGUACCAAUGCCAACAAACAGGUCAACCCUCAGAUGUUUCACCGAAGUCCAAUCUUGCUCCUGCAGACUCAUGAAGAAGUUGUCCAGACACAAGUUGUUGCAGAGGGCAAAGGUUCUUCUUUUCUCGCCCUGUCGGACAAGAGGAGCCACCUCGCUGAAUAUCUGACGGCUCACUCUAAGGAUGCGAUUGUCGCAGAAUCGAUAUACGGAAAUGUUCUGGCAGCAGUUACCAAGUCUGUAGGCCGACAGGUUGUUGAGACGAUGCAUGAAGCGCUGAAAUACGAGGAAUCCCACCUCGGUCUUUCUGUGCUUUUUCGGAACGUGCCAUGGGUGAGAUCAGCAGUGGCUACUCAUCGGUCUACUCCUUAUGGCCGCCUGAUUGGCAUUGCCUCCCACAAUCAACCGACGAUGAGCUCAGCGUUCGUGAGUCAACUGCGAGAACUGCUCACAAGUUACAACCAACGAAAUACUGAGCCUACUACAUACUCGUGA